AUGGCGGGCCCACCAAGCAAGUUUAGCAUUGACAUCAAGGAUCCUUCGUUCAGGGUAGACGUCCCAUUCAACAUCCCUCUUCUGCUACAAGACGAGCUUAAUAAUCCCACCGAGCCAACGCCUGACAUCAAACCAAUCCUCGAAGCAAGUGGCCUUGAAAUGGGCCAUGAGAAGGUGGAAAUCAAUGACACCUCUCUUAUAAUGAAAGGAGUGAAGGCAUCCGGGGACGUUGGAUCGGCUCAAGGAAAGAACUUCAACAUGACCGUGACGAUACCUGGACUGGAGAUCCCUACUCAACAACUUAAGAUUAGAAUCUUGCCUGGUGAGCCACACAAGAUCAUUGUGCCAACGUUUGAAGAAACUGAUAACCUCUGCAUAGAGAACCGCAAAGCGCUUCCUAUAUCGGUGGAGAUCAGAGACAGUGCAGGGAACUUCUCAGUGCACCCAAAACUUGUAGUCCAGUGCAAGUUUCAUGGUGCGGCUGGGUUGCCUUUGUACAAAGCAGACUGCAGUAACUCAGGGAAGGUUACUCUUACUGGAAAACCUAUCUUCAUCAAGAACAUCUCCAAGAAAUCUCACGAGAUCACUGCCAAAAUUGAACUACUGCACAUCAAAGGAGUCAGCUCUGUAGAGAAAGUCAUCACUGUCAAACCCAGCACCAGCGCCUGUAAGAUCAAGGUAUUCUUCUGCCAACACCAGUACCUUGAUGACCCAAAGAAAAAACCUGUCGAGGUGAAACCCAAAGGAGAUAUUGAGUGGACGGCCGGAGAGGAUACAUCACAGAUCAGCUUUGCUCUGUUUGAUGAGGGCGACAACCACAUGAAGAUUACCAAGGAGCUGGCAAACAAGUUCAAUUUCAGCUGGUUACCCAGCUUCAACUCCUCCACCCUCAUGGAGGGAUACUUGCCCCCUAUCAAGGUCCCCAAUACGGUGGGAUAUUCCAAAUUCUGUCGUAUAAGCUUCACUGAUAGAUCGGGCCUCGAUUUUUCCUUCAACAUCAAGCCAAUCCCUGGCGAGGCCACAAAGAUCAAGUGUCAAUGCAAAAAAAGUGUAAAGGUGAAGCUUGGAGAGAUCUUGGAUGGUGAUAUUGUCGUCCAUGUCAUUGAUGACAAUGGGAACACUAUACAGGAGCUCCCUCAUGAUUGCCUGAGCAACCUCAGUGUGAAGGCAGAGGAUCUAGACACCGAAGUCCUGCAGAAAACCCUUCUACCUAACGUGGGCUUUUGCCUUCAGAACAUCAUGUUUGACGGUUCAACGGUAGGGGUCAGGGAGGUCUUGGUGACGUACAACGACUUCACGGAUCACAUCAGAUUAGAGGUGCUUCCUGGCCGACCUGCGAAGCUGCUUGCGAUGGGCUGGAAGGCAAAGGAGACACUGAUAGCAUAUGACGGCGUCGAGAUCAGCAAUCCAUUACAUUUUCAAGUUUGUGAUGAAUCUGGCAAUCUAAUCUCCGAUGUUAACACAACUAUCUCUCUGCAAUAUGACAAGACAUUAAAGGUAUCGUCAACUGAACCUGUAAAAGCAAGGUCAUUUAGUGGUGGUAAAGUUACCUUUGGGAAGCUGACAUUAUCCGGUCCCUGUGGGAAGUACAAACUACAUGCGAAAAUGUCCAUGGAGUGGUCAUCCCUCUUGAGUUCUGAUCUUGCUGUUGAACUCAAGCCAGAUCCCAAGAAGGCACAAAAACUUCAGGUGGACUACAAAGAGGAGUGUGUCUACACUGCUGGGGAUCUUUUUCCAGAUUUUGACAUAUCAGUAAUUGCUGCUGAUGAGAGCACCAUGACCAACAUCCCUCACAAGAAGAUCUCCAUGAGUCUAUGGAAGUCCACUACCAACGAUCAACACCCUGGUCCGCCACCACCGACCGCGCUAAUGACAGACAUGGACAAGCCCAGUGAAGAGGAUAGGGAAGGACAUUUCUACUGCAGAAAACGAAAACUACCCGAAGAGGCACGCAUGCACUCGAUAAUCUUCCAAGCUUCCGUGGAUCAACAGAUGCUCUUCUCUGAACCGGUGAGUAGGGAACAGGAUAGGGAGGAAGGGGUGUAUUGGAGGGUAACCCCACCAAGGUAG